AUUAGCUACGCUAUCUGAAGUUUAACUUUGUUAUCGAUUUAUUCACACUUAUUUUAAAGGUUAAACGCACGAUAUCGCGUUUGAAAUGAAAGGGUUAUAAUUUAGGACAUAUAUAAUUUAGACACGAGAUGAGUUCUUUGCAAGGAAAAGUCGUUUUAAUUACAGGGGCGAGCAGUGGAAUCGGUGAGGGUGUGGCCCUUCAUCUGGCCGAGGAAGGGUGUCGCCUGUCGCUGACCGGAAGGAGCGCAGAGAACCUUCAGCGGGUCGCCGACGCGUGCAAGGAGAAAGGGUGUAAGGAGGACAGUGUGAUUUGUAUCCCGGGUGAUAUAACAGUCGCGAAUGACCGCAAAACAAUCGUCGAAAGAACAGCUGCGGCAUUUGGAGAAAUACAUGUAUUGGUAAACAACGCUGGCAUGAUUCACUACAAGAGGAUCAGCAAUAUUACCGAGGAAGAGUAUGAUGAACUAUUCGACACCAACAUGAAGUGCCACGUUUUUCUAACGCAACUUGUGUUGCCAUAUUUAAUCAAGACGAAGGGUUGUGUCAUCAACAACUCAAGCAUCUGUGGCCAAAGAGCCAUGCCAGAAAUCGGUCCCUAUUGCAUGAGCAAAUCAAGCAUGGACAUGUUCACACAAUGUUUAGCAUUGGAAAUGGCUCCCUAUGGUGUUCGGGUCAACUCGAUAAACCCAGGCACGAUUGUGAGCAACAUCUCUAGAAGAGCUCAUGGAAAAUACCAGGACGAGGAGCUGUACCAGAAGUUCCUUGUGGCCCAGGCCGGCGUUCAUCCCCUGGGUCGGGUCGGGCAACCGGAAGACUGCGCGGCGGCGGUCGCAUUCCUUGCCUCCGAAACUUCCGGAUUUAUCACGGGACAGAUCCUAUUUGUAGACGGCGGACGGAACUGCGUAUCAGCCGGAAUAGCAACAAAUAUAAGCAAAUGAUAAACAUGAAGUGUGUAGAAGACAGUCGUUUUAAGUCUUCACUUUUCAGUAUUAAAUAAAAUACCAGUGAAUCAAAAUGUCCGGUUAUAUUACACCAGUGAUACAUGAAAAGCAUAGAUGAUCAUGUUCGAUGGCAAAAUUUCAACAACAACAUAAUGAUAAAGCGACAUUUAGAUAACGAGAACAAGAUACAUAUUUUCUUUUAUCACAAGUUCUAUGAUUUUAUGUUAUGAUUUUUUUCACCGUUUUUUACAUUGUUAAAGAGUUGAACUGGAGAAUUUCGCAGGAAAAAUGACGUCAUUUCGUCAAACAAAUAUUGUCAUUUCACAUUAAAACAGUGAAAAUUA